AUUCACUCAUCAUACUUAUUGAAAUAGAGGAUAUUUAUAAAGAUCAAGUAAAAAGACCAGACAUUUUUGAUCUAGAUUAUUCAGCAAGCUAUGAUCCUAAAACUUCUGAUAACUCAGAUUCUGAAGACCCUAAAAAGAAGUAUAGUAUCUAA